UCUGUAAUAGAUGGGAAAGAAGCAGAGGAAACCUGAAGAUGGUCCUGAACCAGCAGAUGAUGCUGCAGAUAAACAGAAUGAAGGAGAUAGUGAAGAAGGGGAAGAGGAAGAAGAAGUUUACCAAGUAGAGAAGGUGGUUGACAAGAGAUUUCACAAAGGAAAAGUAGAGUAUCUCCUCAAGUGGAAAGGCUAUGGAGACAAUGAAAAUACUUGGGAACCUGAAGACAAUCUGGAGUGUCCUGAUUUAAUUGAGGCAUAUGAAAAGAAAAUAAAAGAAAAGGAGGCCCAAAAAAGAAAAUCAUCCGUCAAUGGGGCAGCAGGAGAUAUUGCAGCAAAGAAAAAGAGAAAAGAAGAUGAAAAGAAAGACGCAUCAGGUCCUUCAAAAGAAAGCAAGCAGGCUAAGCAAGAUGAGAAGAAGUACAGAGGAUUUGACAGAGGAUUGGAUCCAGAGAGAAUCAUUGGUGCCACAGAAGCCAACAAUGAACUUCUGUUCCUUAUGAAGUGGAAAAACAACAAUGAAGCUGACCUGGUACGAGCAAAGGAAGCCAACCACAAGUGCCCACAGAUUGUCAUCCAGUUUUAUGAAGAGCGUUUGACAUGGCACAGUGAUGAUGAUGAGGUGGACAAGAGAUAAGAGCACAAUCCUAGGGUGGCUCAUUUCUUUAUGUAUACAUCGUUUGUAUGUCCCAUUUUUUGUCAUCGAUGGUUAAGCCUUAGUAGGCAUGCAUUGUGGAUACAGGGAAACCUCAAAGACUUGUGAUUGAUGCAAACCUCUUUAACCUCCCUUGUCAUAUACUCUAUAUAUGAUGUAUUAUUCAUAAUUAUUACCCACUUUGACUUAGGGGAAAAAAACUUGAUUUGAAUUGAAUAUCUUAGACAGAGCAAGAGUUAUCUGGGGGUUUUCAGGCAUGCAACAGAUAAUUAUAAGAAACAGGAACAAUUGGAAAUUAAUUUACUAAUUGUUCAAAACAAUGCAAAUAUGUGGUAUUAAUAAAGACAAAUGUCUAAUUUGCAGUUGUGGGAUUUCUUGUGGUCGGCACAGUAUGUUCACAACCUGGUCUAUGUGUUAGGAUUUCAUUGCCUCGGGCAUUAUUGUUAAUUGGAGAAAACAAAAUUGACCAAUAGCAAAAUGAUAUCUCCUUUAAAUGAUCAUGUACAUUUUUUAAGUUGCUCGUUUUGUAUGUGAUAUUUCUCUUGAAAUACCAUAUUGUUUCAUUAUCUGCUGUUAGCCAGAGUGAUGUCUUGUCCCAUAAUUAUUGAGAAAAUGUUUGUAGGAGACUGUUUUAUUGCUGUGCCUUCCUUUGGCAAAUAUGAAUAUAGAUAAGACUGAUCUUGAGGUUUGCUUGUCAUGGGGGUUUCCCUGUAUUAAUUGUAUAUAUGAAACUCUCUUCUUCGUCUUUUCUUCUCUCUCUAUCUCUUUCUCUCUCACACCAUUUUCUGCAGAAUCUUAAAUGGGAACUCUGCUCUGAUGUCAGGUUGGUUUAGAAUAAGAGAAAUGUUUUGAUGAAAAUUUGCUGAAAAUCUGUCAAAGAAAGGCACAGUUGUGGAUUUUUAGAGAGUGGUGUUAUGGAUAAUUUUGUGAAGUCACAAUUCCUUGAAUUAUAAUAUCACAAUUCCUUGAAUUAUAAUAAAUCAUUUAUUUUAAUGCGUUGCUGUAGGGCCCAUCCUCAAGCAUAAACUGCUUUUCAGAUUGCUUGGUUCAUUAUUCUAUAUAUAUUUGUGAUUGCUAAUGAUUUUUAUUUUUAAUGAUGCCAAAUAAGUUCAGUUUUAUUCAAUUCACCCAUAUUUUGUGUGAUAUGAAUUCUAUAACAUGCAAAUUUUCUCCCUUAUACUGAACAUGAUUUACCUUUGCUUUCAGUAAAUAUCCAGAUGCUUAGUUCCAUGUUAAAAUUCAUAUCCAUAUUCAGCAUAUGAGCCAUUGUAAAAUGACAAUAGAAUUUAUAUUACAUGAUGUAUGGGGAAGCUGCUUGCACAUUAAAUCACAAAAUCAAAUCUAAAAAAACUCUUAAUCGUGAUAUUUUGAUAGAUUUUCAACAAAUGUUCAGUAUUGUGUUUCGCUCAUUUUUCUGCUUUCAUUCAAACCAGCUUGAGGUCUGGGCGGUCUGUCCCUUUAAUUCUGGAUUGUCAUGGUAUAGAAAAUAUAUUACUCUCCUUAUAAAUACAUACAUUGGAGGUAGUCAAGUCUUGAUCUGCAUCAUUGUGCAUGUGUGCUUGAUGCAAGGAUUUUAUGAAUGUAUCCAGUAAUCAUAUACACUAUUGCUUUACACUAUAAAUUAAAGUUCCUUUUCUUGUCCACAUUUGGAGAAAUGAACUGCCUCUGUAUGCUUCCCUCUUCCCAAGUAUCAUUCGUUUAUUUCUUUUUCAUUGUACAGGUUUCUCUUUUCAUUGACGUAUUGUGUUUGUAAUCGUAUUUGCAACUAUUACUGUAUGUUAUUCACUGUAUGAUUUUUCUACACUCUGCAUAGUGUCCGAGUUUCAAUGGAAGAAAGAUUUUUGCCCAAUGCUAUUAUCACUCUAUAGUGUAGUAUGCACUUCAUAUCAAAAUACAAAAGUUGAUAGACCUCAAUACAUUCCAGAAAAGCACUCACCUUUUUUUCAUUUGUAGGGUUGUUAGGUCGCUUUGUUGUAUUUUGUUGAAGCAUCGAUUAUUGCUUUAAAGCUUUUGAAAAGUUGCUGUAUAUAUAUAUCAUGUCCAAGAAAUGCAAGACGGAUUUAGUAUUUCACCCAUGUAUGCCAAACUGAAACGGUUCAAGGUAAAAAGCACCUUCGGCCAGAGGAGAACAUUUUCUGUAGACUUGGUUAAGAUAUGAUCUGUGUAUACGUAGCACAGUGAUUGCUAUGUUUAACUUGAUCUCAUAAAAUUACAUCUCAAUGUUUCACAAGAACAAAAAUAUAUGCAGUGGUGUGUAUCAAUGAUUUCCUUAUAAAUAUUUUCAUUAGUAGACUCCCAGAAUAUCUUGAAAGAUUAUGAUAAUUAAAAUCUAAUGACUUUGUAUUAGGUUGUAUAAAUUUUUUCUAUCAGAUAUUGCGGAAUAAUUAAAGCUAGUUGAAGAUUAAACGUAUCAGUUUGCCAACUUUUUCUAAUCUAGUCAUGAAUUCAAUCCUCAAAGUCUUCUAGACAUGUACUGCAUGUGUAAGUCGACGAUAAGUCUCUAACUACCAAUAGGGUAAAAGUUGUAAAGAACAUUUAUGAAAAGUAGACAUUGUACUCCAUAAGUUUUUCUGGUACAUUGUAUUCUCAUGAUGAAAUGUUGGUCAACUGUUCUUAUCGGAUCAUGCUCAUGUUAAAUGUACUUGCAGCGUUGAUCAUGGACCUUUGCAACAAUUCACAAACAUGGUCAUAUUCUGCUAGAGAUUCUAAUACAACUGAGAUGCAUGUGUUCUUAUGUAGCCAUGUAGACUAAUUUGAAUGUCACAGACAUGAUGCUCAAUGUCAUAUAUUAAAUGUGUUCUACAAAACUAAUUUGAUCUUAAAUAGGUGUAACAAAAUUUGAGAGUAAAAGCUGACAUGCCUAUUUUUAUCGAACCCAUUUAUUGAGAUGAUAAUCAUCUUCUUUACAUGAAGCACCUGUGUGUUGUAUUCCAUUACUGUGAUAAUUUCAUUUUGUGAAAAUUUGAUACAUAGUCAAGAUCAAAACUUGUAAGAAUAUACAUAAUUUAUUAUAGAAUUCAUAUGCUAAUUUUUUUAAAAUAAGAUGUGUUUUCAGUCAGUGUAUGUUGAUGCAAAACUACGAUAUCAUGCAGCAUGACAUUACCUUCCCAGGUCCCAGAUGAGUCCAGCAAAUUCUGAUUUACCUUGUAAUGAUAUUGUUUAAACAUAUUGAUCAACAAACGAUUAUGUCAAAGCUAAGUAGAUGUAACUGAAUAACAUCUUAUAUAAUAGUAUAAUUUGGACAUUUUGUAAACCAUAAAUCAAUAAAAAACAAAGGCCUGUAUUCUGGAAUCAGGUUUAACUUAGACCAUGGUCCAACUCUCUGCUAAAAUUAUGAGAAGCCAAAAGUGUCAAAAUUUAUAUUAAGUUGUAUGUUUCCUAUGUUUACUGUGUUCUUUCCUGAUUCAUCGAUGGUAAAGACAAUCAUCCAUUUAUACUUCCUAGACAAUUAUGAAUGAUUUGAGAGCUAAAUGAGCCUUUAGUGAGUUUUGUAACAAUUUGCUAUCCAUACUUAAACCACAACUUUAAACCUGAGUUUAAGUUAAACCCGACUUCAGAAUACGGGUCAUUGUGUGUUGAUAUCUGUUUCGCUGAAGGUUUUAUUCUUGAUAACUGUUUUACCAUGUGUAGUUUUAGUAAAAUGGAAUAAAGUGAAGUCAUAAAAUA